AUGAAUGAAAACGAGUACGACAAUUUUGAUGAUUUGGAUGACCUUUUAGAUGAGGACCCCACCAAACUAGAUGAAGCAGAGUCCGAAGACGUACAAGCAGAUGCAUCUGUGAGUAACGAUAGUGAAAACAAGGAGAAAAAUGCCGCAAGUAAGAACAGUAAUGGUUUACAGGUAGGGAAUGGGUCUGAAGAGGAUUCAGACUUGAAAGAAAUGAUGGCGGAUCUACAAAAUGAGUUUACUAAUUUGAUGAAACGUAGUGGUAAUGAGAAUAAUACCAAAACAGAAGACUUUGAUAAAUUGAUAAAUGCUUUAGAGGAGGCAACUAAAGUUCCUCGACAAGGCACUGGCUCAGAAUCUAUUAAAUUAAAAAACAGCGAUAUCAAUAAAGGGGCUCAAAAUGGUAACAAUCCAGGAUUCAAAAAUAUUGUUUCUAGUACGUUGGAUAGGCUAAAGGAAAAUGGUAAUAAAGUUGAUACAUCAUUAGCGGAAGAAACAAAGGAAUCUCAACGCAGUAGUCAAAGCAAUAAUAUUGAUGAUAUACUAUCACAGUUAUUAGAUCAAAUGGUAGCCUCCGGAGGAAAUGAAAAUGGAGAUGAUCAAUUUGACCUAAAAGAUGGGGAAAUGGAUGACGCGAUAACGAAGAUACUUGAUCAGAUGACGUCCAAAGAAGUUUUAUAUGAACCAAUGAAAGAGAUGCGUAGUGAGUUUGGUACAUGGUUCCAAGAAAACGGUGAAAAUGAAGAGCAUAAGGGAAAGAUAGACGUCUACAAAAGACAAUUUAGUAUAGUGAACGAAAUUGUAGACAUUUAUGAACUGAACGAUUAUGACGAGGCGAAGCAUAAAGGUCGUGUUACUGAACUUCUAGACGAACUAGAACAGCUAGGUGAUAGCCCCAUUAGAAGUGCAAAUAACCUCUUAAAAACCGGGAAUGAAGAAGACGAUCUCAUGAAAAUGUUGGAAGUUGAUGGUGAUGAUUCUAACUUGGGUAACCUCGACAAAGAAUUAACCGAUGGUUGCAAACAACAAUGA